AUGGAGGAAAAUUGUAGGCCAAGUAUAGAGGGUCAGAGAAGAUUAAAUCCGAACAUGAAGGAAGUGGUCAAGGCAGAGAUAUUGAAAUUACUGGAUGCAGGACUUAUUUACCCAAUUUUAAAUAGUGCAUGGAUUAGCCCAAUUCAAGUGAUGUUAGAAAGAUUGACUGGACAUUCACAUUACUGUUUCCUGGAUGGAUACUCGGGCUAUAAUCAGAUACCUGUCGUACCAGAAGAUCAGGAGAAGACCACUUUCACCUGUCCCUAUGGUACUUUUGCUUAUCGUAGGAUGCCUUUUGUGUUUGGGUCCUCAUUCGAUGAAUGUUUAGAGCACCUAAAUUUGGUCUUACAAAGAUGCAAGGAGACUAACCUGGUUUUAAAUUGGGAGAAAUGCCACUUCAUGGUGCAAGAAGGCAUUGUACUCGGCCAUCGAAUCUCAGCAAAAGGAAUUGAGGUGGACAAGGCAAAAAUUCAAGUUAUUGAGAAGGUACUACCACCUACAUCAGUUAAAGGAGUUCGUAGUUUCUUGGGGCAUACGGGUUUCUACAGGAGAUUUAUAAAAGACUUCUCGAAAGUCACUAAACCGUUAUGCAAUCUGCUAAUGAAAGACGUCACCUUUGGGUUUAAUGAAGAAUGCCUCACAGCAUUCAACACCUUAAAGGAGAAGCUUACGACAGCACCAGUAGUUGUGGCACCAGACUAG